GAACCAGUCGAAUGUCAGUGCUGUGACACAAAAUUCAGUGCUGCACGCCACUGAUCACACAGCUUCUGUGUAUGUGAUCUUGAAGCUAGACCUAGCAUAACAAACAAGUUGGUGCGUAUCUUGUGAUUGGUGGUUCCUGGAACGUGAUAAAGAAACAAGCUUGCCAAAACACAGCGUAGUGCGAAAACAAGCGAGCAGGCGUGUACCAUCCAUGACCAGUCUCAACUCGAGCUUCAGGCGGCAGUCUGCUGUUGACGGUACAAUAACAGUGGCUACAUUUCAGUUUGGAUUUUCUUCUCUCGUAGUGGUUCUUGGCUUUCCUCUGUACGUUACUGUAGCACUUGUGUAUACGUCGAGCAGAGGACAAAACCAAUGUAACUGUGCAUUCAACAGAAACCUUAAACUUUCCUUAUUUUAUAUAUUGAAUGGUGUGAAUUUAAAAUUUAUGAGACUUUACGCGGAAGAAGAUAAGUUUUUUCGAGUUUAAGAAGGUGCUACGUAUAUUUGUGAAGACUCAACUACCUCAACAUCGUGUUUGCUGAUUUGGAGCAGACUGCUGACGUAACAGCAGUGGAUUGCUUCUGAAGGAAAUUCAGCCGUUUCGGUACGGCUCCUUUUACUAGCAACAAGAUGGGGAGCGCAACACAGCAAUACUGCCUCAGGUGGAACAACCAUCGAUCCAAUCUGCUCGCUGUGUUUGAUGAACUCCUCCGCAAUGAAGCAUUUACAGAUGUGACCCUGGCUUGUGAGGGUGGUACUUCUGUCAAGUGCCACAAAAUGGUAUUGGCAGCAUGCUCAUCCUAUUUUCAGUCUCUUUUCACUGAACUCCCAUGCAGGCAUCCUGUUGUAGUACUCAAGGAUGUAAAAUAUUCUGAGAUGAAGGCAAUUCUUGAGUACAUGUAUCGUGGAGAGGUAAAUGUUGCUCAGGACCAGUUGGGGGAACUACUCAAGGUUGCUGAAGCAUUGAAAGUUAAAGGCCUUGUAGAGGAGAGAGGAUCCUUGUCUCACGCAAGUCCUUCCAAAGAUCCUGCUGAGCAGCAUCAACAUCCUCACCAUCAGCAUCAACAUCAACUUGAACGACACAGGGAGGAUGACCCCUCUUCUGCCCACUCCCCUCCCAGCAUUAGUACCUCGACAGUAAAUGCGUCUCCUCUUCCACACAGCAGCAGCAACAUUUCGCCGCCCCACUCAUCAGGAAUACCAGGUCCUCCAUUUGAAAAGAACCCCUAUAAUCUGUACGGGAAGUCUCCUGUGAUGGAGCGUGGUAGCGGAAGAAUGAGCCUCCCGAUGUGGGCCGUGCCAGGUUUACCACUACCACACCAUCCUUCCCCUGUGCCAGCCCCUAGUCACCCACACACGUCUGCUGCUGCCAUGCUUAACAGCUGCUAUGAGGCUGCUGGUGCGACAGACAUGUCCCCACUGAAACGGAAGAAACUUCAGGGUUUGUUGAUGAGUAGGGAUACACCCAUUCUGCGCACAGUACUGGGACAGGGACAGCAAGGUCAACAAGGAUCACAGGGACAAGCAGAUUCAUCUCAGCCCAUGUCUCUUGUAUGCCAGGCAGAUAGUCAUAUUGAACGCAACCAUUCCAAUGGAUCUGCACAUGAUGUUGAUAAGAAUUUGAAAACAGAACCAUCGUUAGAUGAGGCCCGUUCCCCCUUCACUGAUAUCUCCAUAAUGGAUGAGGAGACAAGUGAAAAGAAUAACAAGAUAAUGCUGUCCCAGUCCUUCCCGGGCGAUGUCCGAGGUGUGUCAUCUGGCAUUGCUACAUAUGUGCCUACACAGAAGCCAGAAUGGAAGCGGUACAAGCAAUAUACACGAAAUGAUAUAAUGUCUGCUAUUGAGGCAGUUCGCAGUGGGAUGUCUGCUCUCCAAGCUUCUCGCAAAUACGGCGUUCCUAGCCGCACACUGUAUGACAAAGUGAAAAAAAUGGGGAUCACUACAAGUCGACCAUUCAACAAGCGUAGUUCCAACGUAAGUACUGGUGGAAGUAGCUAUUUUCCAUACAGUAGCUGUGGAGGUAAUGGUGGGGUGGGAAGUAAUUCCUUGGGUGGAGUUUUUGGUGUGAGUGGAGGAGGAAUAUCAGAAGGGGAAGAACAAAUGGUGAACCCAUCUCCAAGUGGCACAAUUAUGGAACCUUUGUUUCUGCAACAUGCACUGGAUGGGAUGAAGCGUGAGCUUGGCGAUCGAGAAGCCAUGGGCUGCAGCUGCUCAUGCAGCUUCUUCAGCUAGGAGUGGCAACUCAUCAUCAAGUCCAGGGGAGAAUGGCAAUGGUCAUUCACCAAGUCCAAGUCCAAGUCUAAUUAAGUACAUUCGUAGCCACAAUAGUAUGACUCCGAGCCCUGCACCUGCAAGCAAUGACCUGCUUCUUUCUGGCAGUGGUAAUGAUGGAGCAGAUGAUGAAGACCAAGUGGAAGACUUGUCAGUCUCUCGGAAACCUGAGCCAAUGCGUGUCAUCAUGCCUCCGAUGAACCCUGCAAUUGCAUCCUCAGCCAAAAAAGAAGAGAUGCAUGAGGAUGACAUUCGGGAACACUGUACCUCUGAUGAGUCACAUAAUGCGUCUAUGGAGACAGGAGAAAGGGACUGAAACAGGGAUGUGUAUACAUUGCUAAUUGAAGCAGAAUUUGCAUGCAUCUGAAUAGGAGUUAUUAAAAUCUUUCAAGCGCAUGUUCCUUUUAUGUCUCCAAUGAUGCUUAUAUGCAAUACCAUAGUUUUAUCCAUCUGCCCAAAGAUAUGAAAACUCUUGCCAAAAUAAUUCAGUUCAAACCAAAUUUCUGUCUAUUGCUUAGGCAAAUUGUGAAUUAUUAAGAUUUGACUUGGACCACAUUGGUUUUACAUCUUGUUUCCAGAAACUCACGAAGGUUUACUGCUUAAACUUUUAUUUGUUAUUUCAUUCACACGAGACAGGAGGCAUAAAGUUAACAUGAAAAUGUUAUGAAGUUGGAAGAAAUUAGUACAUCCAUGCAGCAAUGCAAGCUGGAUUUGUAUUGGGGAGAGUAUAAAGAUGUCUUUUGUAAGAGACAACUCAGGCAUCAGUUUUUGAUCUUCAUCACUUUGUCUGGGUUAUUUCUGCCUUCCCAUUCUAUUUUUAAAGUGUGUGGAAGUGAAGAAGUUACCUAAUGUACUGUAAACAAAUGCUCUUAUUGAUUGGACAAGACAGGGUCCAACACAGGCAAUGUGGAAGGUAAGAAAUCUGCCUGAUACCUCUUCAGCCCUUUCACAGAUGUAGAAGCCGUUGUGGGUUAAAUAAUACAAACAAGAGUUUUCUGGUAGGAUUUCACGGCAGUCAGUAUCACAUUAAGACAGUGAUAUACUUUGAAGCAUGCAAGUCCUGCUUCCAAAACACAUAAUACACUUUCAACACAAACCAAACACUUCACUACCUCACUGCAACAACAACCAUGUUCUGUUGGUUGGAAUGGGACAAUGUACUGACUCGUCUCAUUUCAUUCAAAUUCUGCACUGACAGUAUAUUCUCUGAAGACUGCCAUAUUUUUUUAUUAUUAAAAUAGUAACAAUAUUUCAGUUUUGUUAUAUUUACAGUUUUUACACAUUAUAUUUAUAUACAACAUUUAAAGACUGUUUUUGUGCAUCUGUGAAUUCAGUGCAAUAUUAUUUAUGUUGAUUGCUUGUAAGAAGUUUACGACAAAUGAUCCACACUCUUAGCAGUUGGGAGGAAAAUCCAACUUUUUGCAUUUUCUUUUCAAUUUUUUGCUGGUGACAGUUUUAACUACUUCUUGGUGACUCAGAAAUGUCACUAGAAAGAUGUGUGUGUAUGUUACACAGCUUCAGUUUUUCCUUUUGUACAGCAUUGCGAGGAAAUAGAUUUGGCUACGAGGGUAGCAUUGUUGUUCUUUAUUCACAUAGUUUUGUGAUUUCAUACUUUAAGAUAAAUUUUUUAUUGAUGAUUUCUGUAAUCCUAAAAUCUGUUUUCAAACAGGGAUUAUGAGAUGAAAUCAUUGUAAAAUUUAUAGCUAUUAAGUAGUCACACAGUUGAAGGCAUAUCAGCAUCUAACAAUGACCAAUGCACCUGCACAGUGUGACUGCACUGAGCAUUGUUGACAUAUAACACAUAUUUGCCUUUGCAGUAAAAUUAAGUUGGAAUCCUACUAGCUUGAGGAGGGACCAUAAUAAUAUAAGACUUGUACCUAUCAUGUGUAACGUUAAAACGUUCCUUUUUGUAUGAGGGAAUACAUAUUAUAAGACUGAGAAAACACAUUACUGUAUUGUACACUGUAGUUCAUAGUUUUGGCCAUAAGUUGGAGUUGGAGUCACUUUGGAACUGCAGCGUUGGGACAGGC